GCGCGGGCCGGGGGCGCGGACGGCGGGUGCCCGGGAGGGGCGGGCUCGGCUGCCUGCACCGGAAGUGAGUGGCUGGCGGCGGGCGGGGGGAGCGAGCGGCCGGGCGCGAGUCGGUCCGCCCGUCGGCUGCCCGGCCCGCAACCCCGCCUUCUGCGUCUCGGCCGGACGCGGCCGCACUCGGAUCCGCCGCCGCUGGGCGCUGCGGCCGUCCCUCCCGCCGCGCUCUCGGCCCCGCCCCCGCCGCCGCCGCCGCCCGGUGGGUCAGUCAGUCAGUCAGUCACGGAGCGCGCGGCGCGGAGCUGCGGGCGCUCGAGGCGUCUCGGGAGAGGGAGCGCCGCGCCUGCGGAGGAGGCGGCGGCGGCGGCAGCGGCAGCGGCGGCUGGACAAGCGCGAGCGGCGGCUACGCUGCCUGGGGCCGCUCCGGGAGUCAAGCCCGCCGGAGGACUUAGCUGCUGCCGCGAUGGAGCAGCUAUCAGAUGAAGAAAUUGACCAUGGUGCUGAAGAAGACAGUGACAAGGAAGAUCAGGACCUGGACAAAAUGUUUGGAGCCUGGCUGGGAGAGCUGGACAAACUCACUCAGAGCUUGGAUUCUGACAAACCCACAGAACCAAUAAAAAGAUCUCCUCUUCGCCAGGAAACAAACAUGGCCAAUUUUUCUUAUCGCUUCUCCAUAUACAACUUGAAUGAGGCACUGAAUCAGGGAGAAACUGUGGAUCUGGAUGCUCUAAUGGCCGAUCUUUGCUCAAUAGAGCAGGAGCUCAGCAGUAUCGGUACAGGAAAUAGUAAGCGUCAAAUGACAGAAACAAAAGCCCCUCAGAAAGUACCUCCUAGCCGACAUACAUCAAAACAUGGCACCUCGAAAGGAUUGUCUUCUUCUUCGUCUAAUAGGAUAAGUAAACCAUCACAUGCCAACUACUCCCUGGAUGACAUCACCGCACAGUUAGAACAGGCCUCCUUGAGCAUGGAUGAGGCUGCUCAGCAGUCUGUAUUAGAAGAUACUAAGCCCUUAGUGACUAAUCAGCACAGGAGAACAGCAUCAGCAGGCACAGUGAGUGAUGCUGAAGUACGCUCUAUUAGUAACUCCUCUCGUUCAAGCAUCACUUCUGCAGCCUCCAGCAUGGACUCUUUGGAUAUUGAUAAAGUAACACGCCCUCAAGAACUGGAUUUGACACAUCAGGGGCAGCCAAUUACUGAGGAGGAACAGGCAGCAAAAUUGAAAGCUGAGAAGAUCAGAGUUGCCCUAGAGAAAAUUAAAGAGGCACAAGUGAAAAAGCUGGUGAUUAGAGUCCACAUGGCUGAUGAUAGUUCUAAAACGAUGAUGGUGGACGAGAGGCAAACAGUGAGGCAAGUUCUGGAUAACCUGAUGGACAAAUCCCACUGUGGGUAUAGUUUAGACUGGUCUCUGGUGGAAACCAUCUCCGAGUUACAAAUGGAGAGAAUCUUUGAAGACCAUGAAAACUUGGUUGAAAAUCUUCUUAAUUGGACGAGAGAUAGCCAAAACAAGCUUAUAUUUAUGGAACGUAUAGAAAAAUACGCACUUUUCAAAAACCCACAGAAUUAUCUGCUGGGGAAAAAGGAAACAGCUGAGAUGGCAGAUAGAAAUAAAGAAGUGCUAUUGGAGGAGUGUUUUUGUGGAAGUUCUGUAACUGUACCAGAAAUUGAAGGAGUCCUCUGGUUGAAAGAUGAUGGCAAGAAGUCCUGGAAAAAGCGUUACUUUCUCUUGCGAGCCUCUGGAAUCUACUAUGUCCCUAAAGGAAAAGCAAAGGUCUCCCGGGAUCUGGUGUGCUUUCUCCAGCUGGAUCACGUCAAUGUUUACUAUGGACAGGAUUAUCGGAACAAGUACAAAGCACCUACAGACUAUUGCCUGGUGCUCAAGCACCCACAGAUCCAGAAGAAAUCUCAGUACAUCAAAUAUCUUUGUUGUGAUGAUGCGAGGACCCUGCACCAGUGGGUCAAUGGUAUUCGCAUCGCAAAGUAUGGGAAGCACCUCUACAUGAACUAUCAAGAAGCCUUAAAGAGAACAGAAUCGGCUUAUGAUUGGACUUCCUUAUCCAGCUCUAGCAUUAAAUCAGGAUCCAGUUCUUCCAGCAUCCCAGAGUCUCAGUCCAAUCACUCCAAUCAGUCCGACAGUGGAGUGUCUGACACUCAGCCGGCAGGACAUGUCCGCUCCCAGAGCAUCGUGAGCUCUAUCUUCUCCGAGGCCUGGAAGCGCGGCACGCAGCUAGAAGAGUCCAGCAAGGCCAGAAUGGAAUCUAUGAAUCGACCUUACACUUCACUCAUGCCCCCUUUAUCCCCACAGCCUAAGCUGGUCACCCCCUACACUGCCUCACAGCCUUCCCCGCCUCUGCCGCCCCCGCCCCCGCCCCCACCACCUCCCCCCCCUCCUCCCCCGCCUCCACCCCCUCCCUUGCCCAGCCAGUCUGCACCUUCUGCGGGCUCUGCAGCCACAAUGUUUGUUAAGUACAGCACAAUAACUAGGCUGCAGAACGCCUCCCAGCAUUCAGGACCCCUUUUUAAACCUCCCCCAUCAUCAGUGAUGCAGCCUCUGUCUUCGACCUCACAGUCAGGAAAGCCUCAAAUCCUGGUGCCCCCUAAUGGAGUCGUUCCCCCACCGCCUCCCCCUCCCCCCCCUCCCACCCCCGGCUCAGCUAUGGCCCAGCUCAAACCCGCCCCCUGCCCCCCCUCCCUUCCGCAGUUCAGCCCCCCACCUCCUCCACUGAAGAUCCAUCACGUUCAGCAUGUCACACAAGCAGCGCCUCCAGCGCCCCCCCCACCUCCUCCGGUCCCUGCACCCCUCCCUCCUCAGGCACCCCCCAAACCGCUUGUGACCUUACCCCCACCAGCCAGCACCAAGACUGUGCCACCCGCUGUGACACAAGCUCUGCCACCUACGCCUACUCCUCCACUACCCCCAGCAAAAAAGCAGUCAGCUUUUCCCGUUGCUCACAUUCCACCCUCUCCCCCUGCUCCUCCUGGUCCAGUUCCCCCACCCACCUUACCCAAGCAGCAGAGCCUCUGUGUAAAGCCACCUCCCUCUCCGCUGUCUCCCGUGCCCUCGGUGGUGAAGCAGAUAGCCAGCCAGUUUCCGCCCCCUCCCACCCCUCCACCCGCGGAGGCGCCGCCCUUAAAGCCCGCCUCUGCCGCGGCUGGCGCCCCACAGUCCCCCCCUGCUGUCAAAGCAAAACCCAAGUGGCAGCCCAGCUCUCUCCCUGCCCCGUCUCCGGACUUUCCCCCACCUCCUCCCGAGAGCAGCUUGGGGUUUCCUCCGCCGCCGCCUGCGGCCCCGGCCCCGCCACCGCCGCCGCCACCGCCGGCCACACCCACACCCGCAGCUGCUCCUGCCCCUGACAAAAGCGGAUCUCCGGGCAAAAAGACCAGUAAGACCUCCAGCCCCGGGGGAAAGAAACCGCCCCCGACCCCACAGCGCAACUCCAGCAUUAAGUCCAGCAGUUGUGCCGAGCACCCUGAGCCCAAGAGACCCUCGGUAGACAGCCUAGUGAGCAAGUUUGCAUCGCCAGCAGAACCCUCGGGAUCUCCCAGCAAGGAGACUCCAUCGCCUCCUGCAGCGCCCCCCAAACCCGGAAAACUCAAUCUUGCCGGAGUUCACCUUCCAGGAGUUCUCCAGCCAGGGUGUGUGUCUGCAAGAGCUUCGGUUCUGAGUGGGCGUGGCAAGGACUCUGUGGUCGAAUUUCCCUCUCCUCCCUCGGAUUCUGACUUCCCACCGCCGCCUCCUGAAAUAGAGCUGCCUAUGCCCCCGGUGGAGAUCCCAGCAGUGUUCUCGGGAGGCACUUCCCCGAAGGUGGCUGUGGUUAACCCGCAACCGCAGCCCUGGUCCAAAACAUCGGUGAAGAAGGCCCCUCCGCCCACACGACCCAAACGGAACGAUAGCACCCGCCUCACGCAAGCCGAGGUCUCAGAGCAGCCAGCGACGGCCACGGUUGUGCCACAAGUGCCCACCUCUCCUAAAUCCAGCCUUAGUGUCCAGCCUGGAUUCCUGGCUGACCUCAACAGGACCCUGCAGCGGAAGUCCAUCACCCGGCACGGCUCGCUCUCCUCCUCGCGCGUGUCCAGAGCAGAACCCACAGCCACCAUGGAUGAUAUGGCCUUGCCCCCGCCGCCCCCCGAACUGCUUUCUGACCAACAGAAAGCUGGUUACGGAGGCAGCCAUAUAUCAGGCUAUGCAACGUUGCGGAGAGGCCCGCCUCCCGCUCCCCCCAAGAGAGACCAGAACACCAAGCUCUCAAGAGAUUGGUAGCCACCAUAGGUCUUUAUUUUCAUGGGAUCUGUAAUCAGUUCUACAAUCAGCUCACUUGCUCAUUUAUGAAUUCAGGUGUUUAGAGCCUCCUGGUGUAAUGUUAUUCAGGUAGUGUUCAGUUGUAUGUGUGUGUGUACAUGAGUGGGCACACACAUAUCUACACAUAUAUAGAUAGGUAGUGUGUGUACGUAUAUAUAUGUAUACAUAUAUGUACAUAUGUAUAUGUAUAUAUAUCGCUGAAAGUGAUUCUAUUUAUUCUUUUUCUCUCCUGAUCCGAAAAUGGGUUUUGUGUAUUUGGGGCACAGAGGCAUGGAAGGGGGUGUGUGUCCUGUCCCUUUUGAUUUCUGUUGUCUAUCAUGUGGAUUGGACCAAAAACUUCUGACUUCAGAAGAUGUUUUAUAAAUGUCCAUGUGCGGCCUAUCUGUGCAUGUUGUGUAUUAUAUAUUAAGGAUAGUUGUAUAAAUGUGCUAUUUCUCAGUUUGAGAAGACAACCAGAAUGUUUGGUAUAUCUACGGGAUUUUGUGUUUGUUUUUUUCCCCAGUUGGCUGAAGUUGGAAUUGCUUGACUGACAUUUCAUUACUAUAUAUAAAGGGGCACUUUAAAUCAGGAAAACCUCUCAGCUUCAUUGAACGGGUAAUAGUACAGUAUGGGGAAAUUUUCACGGACACUAUCUGUAUGUGGUUGUGCAUAGAAAGUAAAUAUAUGGUGUAACUAAACCAUUCUAAUUGCAGUCCUGUUGCAAUGAUCCCACCCAAAUCUAGGCUGUGUUCUGUCACAGGUAAGCUCUUCGCCUAUGAUACAUGGAUAAUUUAGUACUAUAAUCUUGGAUAGUUCUUUUUGUACUGUUGGAAUCCUUUUCACCAAGUUUGACUUCAUGAUUCUUGCUUUGAUUUAUUGUAAGAGAAUAUCCAACAUGAUACCCUUGGAAUGCUCUGUCCCAGUGUCUUUGGGUCACCAGUUACCUCCUUAAAGCGUGCACUCUAGGUAGAUGUUAUUAGCUACCUGUAGACAAUUGCUACAUCAAAUACACACAUCCCUUGUCCAGUAUGUUGCAUCGUUAUGAAAAACAAUAUCACCUUCUGAAAUGCAUCUUUUUUGUGUAUUGCUCUCUAGAAGGAUGGGUGAUUAGAAAAGAGAACAAAACUGGCCCCUGCGCAGCUGUCAUUAAUCAGCUUGUAUGUGGCUAGUAAUGUGAAAUACCAAGAAUUCAUUUUUAAGUGCAGGACUGUCAGGGAGGGAGGAAGGGGAAAAAAAUUAAUUUUUUGAUGACUUCAUCCAUAGCUUACUGGAGCACACCAGGGUCCUGCUUGUUGUAGCCUGGUGUAGAGAUGUGUCCAGGUUACCAGGUGUUCUGAUGGAGCUGUGUAGUCCAAGUACUGUAAGUGACAUGACACAUACAGAGUUUGGUAUAACAUGCAGUCUUAGCGCUAAUGGACACACUAUACUUACACGCUUUUUUUUUUUUUCCCUGUGAAUUUUCCUUGGUAUAUGAGAGAAAUGUCUACUGUCUCAUCAAUUUGUGGUGAUAAAUUUAUCAUUAGGAAUAGAAUCCAACCUCAGAGCUGCUCUUAAACCAGAGAAAACUAGCCUCCCCAGCAGGGAUAAAUGAGCACACCUUGUGACAUGCCUGUGCCUGUUGUGAAUAGGAAUCACUGGUGCAAACUGCAGAAAUCUUUGACACUGCCUCAUAAGGAAAAAUUGAUGCCAAUACAAUGGGGCAGAGAUAGUAUAUAAUUCAAGAAUAAGCAGAGGUUGUACAAUGUACACAGGAUUUCCCUGUAACCCACUCUCCAACAGAGUAAGCCCUACCCCCACUGACACAUCUCUAGGAUGUGACAACAUACUCAUGUUAUAGAGCAGUAAGAACAUACACCAUAGUGCAUUUGUUAAAGUCCUGCUUCUUUAAAAGAUACUUUUGGAUUUUUUUCAGUUCACAAAGUUUUGUGUGCUUGGUAUUUUUAUGCUUAUGAAGUGACCUUUUAACACAUCUGCAUUGUUAAUUUAAGCAUGCAUAACAGCAGUUUGGAUAACAUUUGAGUACAGAUUGCCAAGCUCCAUUGUGACUCACAAGUGAAGUGCUUUCCCAGUCUUUUCUGCCUGCAGCUUUCUAGUCUAAGGAUCACCCUUAUUUGUUGGGUAAAGAGUUAUUACUAUGAAUCCAAUGAUAAAAAAGAAUUCAUCACUAGGUUUUUUUUUUUUGUUGUGGUGGUAGUCUUUUUUAUAUGAAGGUGGACGACUUCAACUUUCCCUGAGGGAAAAAACACAGUAAUGUGCCCUCAAUCUUCCUUCAUUCCUGAUUUGAGCCCUAAGAUGUAGCUUUUUUUUUUCUCCAGCGUGGGAUUUCCCAAGGCUUUUGGCUUAUGUUAGUUCCAGUGAUAGCCAUCAGUUCCAGUGGUAACCAUCCUGCACUGAUGCUUCUACUGUCUCAUUUUCCUGAAAGAGCAGACAUCCUUUAGAACACCAGGGACACCAAGGAGAGGGCAGGGCCAGAGGAAGAAUAUCAUUUUUAUCAGAAUCCAGGGGCUUGACUGACAGCAACCUGUUUGCCUUUCUAUUUCUCCAAAGACAGAAAAGGCUAAAAAUCAACUUUUUUCCCCUUCAUGUGAAACAACUGAAUCUAAAGAACUAAAAUGAUACUUCAGAUACACUUCUAGUGUUUUACUGUCUAAUGGGUUUUUUAAUUUGGAUUUUUGUUGGGAUGUGGUUUUGGGGGUGGGGAUUUUUGGAGACUACCCUUAUUUUUGUACUGUUGUUCUUCUCUGGUGUGUUCAAGGAAAACACUUCCUGCCAGACGACACUAGUACUGUGCCUUCUUUCACUGCCUUCUGCUCAGCAGUCCUAACUCAGCAGUGCUUCUUCAGGUCACAGAAGAAAACCCUGUUAGUUGGCUUGGCUUUACCAAAAACUGAACAGCAUGGAUGAGCUCAUCCUGCUAUCGAGGGCAGUGCAAACAGGUGCCUGUUAGAGCUAGUGACUUGUUAAUUAGCUAAAACCUUAAUUUUUACCACACAAUUUCAAAAUUGAAUCAACGUAUGCUUAAAAGUUUUGGCACCAAUUCUGAAGGGCAGCAGAGCCUAUUCUUUUAAUAAUACAGUCUACCUGGUUCAUAAUAUGAAUGUUAGAUCUUUCUGUAUUAAAGCUUGGCUUUCACUGGUCAAAUACACUUUUUCCCCCUUAGCUGCUAUAGUUCUCUCGGAAAAAGUGAAUAUUCUUAAGGUUUACAGGUACCCACUGAACUGUAAAUUGGUUUUUUAAAAUUAUUAUUUCUGGGGCUUUUUAAGGUGAGAAAAUUUACUGACUCUUCAGAAAAGUUAGAUGAAACAGUUUUCAUCAGAACCCAUCUCAAAGUAAUGCAGACGGGCUGAUGUUUUCAGUCUCUAAAAUCAAGGUGCUCCUGCCCACUGACAGCAUAUCCUGUUAGGUGAGGGCUGUGAACUGUCUUGGAAGUCCUCUAUGUAAGUUUACUUGCCACUGAAAAUAAUCCUGAGUUUAUCAAGACAGUCAGUCUAAACAGAAUUGGAGGAUCAUGAAUAGUAACUCCAACAGAGUGACAACUCUAAGGUCAAAGUUACUAGGAACUGUGCAUCCAACUAAGAGUUUCAGGAGCUGGGAGACUACAGUGGCUAAUAAGCUUAUGUAAAGAGUAUAAGGUUAUGAGUAGCCUGAAAAAACCUUCAGGUAAUGGUGUGAUUGCUUUGAUUUCACUAACAGGCCACCAACAGAACCCUUUGUCACUUAUUUUUCCUUUGUCUAGUUUUGUACAUUAUUAUAACCAAACUUUUCCAUAUAGUUCUCAUAUAGUUAGCUUCAGAGCUAACAAAUUAUAACUGAUGUCACCUCACAGACUUAAGUUUAGACCAGUUAAGUUUGUAUGACCCAGUGUGAUUAGAGAUAUAAUGACUUGCUUUAAAUAAAACAGGUUUGGUAACUUGAAUUUAUACACUUGAUAAGAAGAGGACCUCUAUCUCUAAAAAAAUCACUUUAGGUUUGCAAAUACACUUGGAGUUUUGUUUUAUACACUUUAGAUCAUUUGCAUAAAGUAGGUUAUCCCUGAACAUGAAUAAGUAGGUUAUUCAUAUUGUUAGGAAUAUGUGACCACCCACAAAGUUGAGAUUUGAACCUCGGAGAGAUAUAAGUAGUACAAAAUUAAGUAUCUCGGUAUCUUUUAAGAUUUAUUUUCCUUUAAAUAAAUAGGAAAUUAUUCAAAGAACACUGCUACCCCUUUUACCAGUCUCCCUCACACUAAACAAGUGUUCUUAAUUGUGCCCUUGGAAGGUUUAUAUAUAAAAGAAAUCUGAAAUUUAGCUGCAGAAUUAACUUGCUGAAUAAAAAUAAGCGAAACACCAUAUACUUGAUAAGCACUUGAAGGAAAUAAUCUCCAAUUGGUUUGCUCUUUGCUUGUUAAAGUAAUAGCCCAUUUAGAAGAGAAAACAAUAUCUGCUAUAAUCCCCAGUGCCUUGAACUCUUUUGGAGGAAUAGCAUAAAGAAAAAAAAUCCAACAAGCAAACUUUGAGGUGCUAAUGAAAGAGAAGGAAGGUGGUUUUAGUUUGUGCAGAAAAAGAUAAAGUGACUGUCUCACAAGAGAUGGCUUCAUCUACCUAAACGAGGUUAGGCUGCUUUCUACCAAAGACAUUUAGGGAAGUGAGUCUAGUCAGGGUGAUGGUGCAUACUGCUUAUUUAAAAGAUGGUCAGGUUCAGAAGUGAGUGUGUGGAUCAUGGAUGGCUAUUAAUACCAAGCUCAUAGUUGUUGAAGCCUCAACCUCUUAGGCAGAACAUGCUUGCGGCACUUAAAAGAUCUGCAUUUUGGGACUUGUCCAUUGUUUAAGUUUAUUGUAACCUAAUACCAAAAACUGCCAUUUUUCUUGAUUAUCACCUCCUGUAUUUCUGUCUCUACUUGUAAAUAAUCCCUCCUAGAAAAUAAGCAUUAACUGGAAUGUUUCAAAUGAUUUUGUGUAUUAUCAGCCACUAGUAAACUCCUUUUAUAGAAAUGUACAUUUGAAAUAUUAGCUUGUGCUCAAUGUUGUAAAAACAUUGUUUACUGUUUUAAAGAAAAAUUGCACACUAUACUUAACUGGGAUUGCUCCUGCUCUUCCUAGUUCUUAAAAAAAUGGAGCAAAGGCUCACAUUGACAUCUAGGCUAUGGGAGCUUUGCCAUAAAUAAAUAGAUACAAUGUAGGAUAUACCUUUUUAAAGCAUGGAAAAGAAAGCAAAAUGAACUGCAUUUUAAAGUACUGGAUAGAGGACAAUUAUUCAAAUGAUUAUGCACAGCUCGGUAAAGAUGAAGUUAAUGGUUUUUCUUUCAGUUUUGUUGCUGUUUUCUUCUGCUUAAAUGUACUCUCAUUUCAUUAUGUGCCUUGCUCCCUGAUUGUGCAAACAUAUAUAUAUAUAGAUAUAUAUAUACGAGAGAUAUAUUCAGUACUACUGAUGUUUUUGUUCUACUGCUGGAUUAAGUUAUUUUCCAAGUUACUCUUGCCAGUUACUGUCAGUAAACUAUUGUAAUGGCUUAGGACAGUAGUCAUACCAGUCAGUGUAAUUUUUCAGCUACGUGUUUUCAUUAUGUCAGCUUACACAGUCCUUAAUAAAAAUACAUAGAUUUCAUUUAAA